AUGAAGUUCCUCAUCAUAUUCGCAGUCGGCAUGGUCAGUGUAGCGUCGGCGUCGAGUAAGGAAGAAGGCAAACAGAAGGUCUCGAAGCGUGGCCUCUGGCAUCUGGGCACGUAUUACAGUGGAUUUGGAGACAGCUUAGCGCGAUCAGACGAUGGGCAUGGCGGUGGAGGUGGCGCAUCGCUGGAGCAUCACUUCGGAGGAGGUGGCGGAUGGGGACAGGACUCGUACCAACCGCACCAGGUACAGCAGUGGUCUCAAGCGGCCGCGCUGCACGGAGAGCAGGACUUCAAACAGUCGCACCCGGUGCACGAGUGGCAGGCCGAGCAGGACACCCAGCACGGUCCAGCUCUUCACUUCCAGCAGCAUCAUCAGCAGCCACAUUUCGGAGGUGCAGGAUCGUUCCACUUCCAGAACCUGCAGCAGCAGGAUCAUCACGGGUUCUCGCUGGGAUCCGGCUCGGGAUCCUCGUCGUGGCCGCAACACGAUGAGGAGGCCAACCAGCACGGAAGCCUGGGCACGAGCCACGGAGGCUGGGCUCCGAUCGUCGGCGGUGGGGACGAGCUGCAUCAGGAACUGUCCGAGCACUCGCACACCCAGCAGACGGAGAAGGCGGUCGAGCAGCAGGUCGAGUGGUCGGCACCGGCAUCCGCCGCCGGCGAGGGCAAGGAGCACCAGCCCACCGAGGAACACCAUGGGCACACGAAGAUCAUCAAGGUGCCGUAUCCGGUGCACAUCGAGAAGCCAUACCCCGUGUACAUCGAGAAGCCGUUCAUCGUGGAAAAGCCGGUGCCACUGAAGCUGUACAUCAAGAAGAAGAAACACGACUAG